AUGGGAUGCAUUGCUAGCACAAAUUCAAAUUGUGACUUGACAGUACUUUAUAAUGGCAAGCUAUUCAAUGUUAGCACGGGCUACAGCUAUAAACAAAUAUUAGAGUUCAUUUCCCAAAAAAUUGGGAACAGCUCAACAGUUCUUUCGUUGAGCGAUGGCGGAAAUGCUUUCAGAAUCCCAGAUGAAGAGGCAUGGAAGAAUUUGACUUUCAUUAAAAAAACUCAGUUAAUACUGAUGGUUAACCCUGAAAAAAUCACUGACAUUUUCAGAAUUAAUCCUAUAGAAAACAAGGUAGUCGAUAAAGAUUAUAAAGUAGUAGGGCUUAAACUUAAUACGUUUUUAGAGAAAAUUUCCAGUUUUGACUUACAUUUAAAGGAAUUUAUCCGAUGUCUUUCUUAUCUAUACAUACGAUCUUGCUCUCUGCCGACAGCUAUGAACAUUUUCCUAGUCGUAGUGAAUCCUUACAUCACAGAAAUACAAAAUUUUCCACCAUUUGUAAUUUUAAAUGAUACUGCAAAGGCUAAGUUGCCGGAACAGGUAAUUCCUGUGCUUAAAAAUUGGGAUUCAUUGAUGGAAAGUCUAAAUGUAGUAGAAGAAGAUAUUAAUAUUCUACUCUAUAACCUCAAUUUCUUGUUGUCUCAAAGAUUAAAUAAGAAAAUUCAUCUUACAUCAGGAAGCAGAUUGAACCUAUCAGGUCUCAAAAUUGCGGAAAAUAACAUUAAGGUCCAUAAAGCACUAGAUAUAGUCAAAGCUUUGCAGAUAAAAGCUAAUGAUUUUAAAGAAACUGUUAACUCCCCCAUCAAAACUAUAGAUUUUUGCAUGAUAGCGCUAUUAGCCUAUGAAUUAGUCUUUGACUCCAUAUCUUGGUUCGGUCAAGGUUAUUUUUGGUCGGACCUGCUUAAAUUUGGUUCGGCCGAAAAUAGCCUAGGUCGAACCAAAAUAUGGAGUCAGCGACCAAUUCAUAGGCUAAUAGCGCUACCCAUGGCAAAAAUCUAUAUUAUAAAAAAUCUCUAUUUUGGAAAAAAGCUUCCCCGAGUCAAAAUUAUUUAAAUAAUUAUUAUAAUAAAAAAUUCUGUUUAAAUUUCUAAAAUAAGUUUUUCAAAUUAAUUAAUUUUUACUUUCCAACUUAAGUGAUUGGGAAUUUUAAAUUUUGAAUAAUAACUAAUCCUCUGUGAGCAAUUAAAAUAUAUUUUGCUCCUCAGGAGAUUAAGCAUUCUUUAAAUGCUUAUAGUGAUGGAAGGAACGCAACUAUGAAAAGAGUUUGCUUAAUGUGUAAGAAGGCAAAAGCUAUUGGGCCUCAAGAGAUAUCCUGGAUGUUCGGGAUCGGAGACUAUGCAGGAAUUCCUUCGGAUAUAAGAUUUUAUUAA